UAACAGACACAUUCUUCUUUUGCAGGGUAAUCACUUUGAUCAGUAUGAAGAAGGGCACUUGGAGAUAGAACAGGCAUCUCUAGACAAGCCAAUAGAAUCGGAUAAUAUUGGACACCGCUUACUCCAGAAACAUGGGUGGAAGCUGGGCCAGGGAUUGGGAAAAUCACUCCAGGGUAGAACAGAUCCCAUCCCUAUCGUCGUCAAGUAUGAUGUCAUGGGCAUGGGCCGGAUGGAAAUGGAGCUUGAUUAUGCCGAAGAUGCCACUGAACGGAGGCGUGUACUGGAGGUGGAAAAAGAAGACACUGAAGAGCUGAGGCAGAAGUACAAGGAUUAUGUCGACAAAGAAAAGGCAAUUGCCAAGGCCCUGGAAGACCUCCGAGCAAACUUUUACUGUGAACUCUGUGACAAACAGUAUCAAAAGCAUCAAGAGUUUGACAACCAUAUAAACUCUUAUGACCACGCUCACAAACAGAGGUUGAAAGAUCUCAAGCAAAGGGAAUUUGCUCGCAAUGUCUCUUCAAGAUCUCGUAGAGAUGAGAAGAAGCAAGAGAGAGCCCUCCGGCGUUUACACGAGCUGGCUGAGCAGAGAAAGCAGUCUGAAUGUGCUCCUGGGAGUGGGCCCAUGUUCAAACCUACCACUGUGGCUGUGGAUGAAGAAGGUGGGGAUGAUGACGAUGCAGCAGCAGCACCUAACAGCAGCUCUUCCAUCCACACAACUUCUAGCCAGGCCGCAGAAAUCGCCACGGACAGAGGAGUCCUGAGCACUGGGCAAGCGAGCAGCGCGGUGCUGUUCAGCCAGAUGCCCCUCCAGACCACCCAGGCAGUCAGUUUUGGCAUUAAGAACAAUCUGGGCGCUCCACUGCAGAAGAUCGGGGUGUCGUUCUCAUUUGCCAAGAAGGCUCCAGUAAAGCUUGAGUCAAUAGCAUCUGUUUUCAAGGACCAUGUGGAGGAAUCGAGCCCCACUGAUGGAACCAAAACUGACGAGAGAGCCUCCUCCGACCAGGGGACUUUGCAGAAGACUGGUGAAGCCGAGAACACACACAGUCCUGACAACAGAGUGGAGGAGGAUGACCAGCAUGAACGGGACAGUGGUGCUCUUGCCACUACAUUAUCUAAGUUAAAAAAGAUGAGAAGAGAAGAUGGACCAGUGCCAGUUGAGCCAGAAUAUUAUCAUUAUAUCCCCCCAGCCCAUUGUAAAGUAAAACCAAACUUCCAGUUCCUGCUUUUCAUGAAGUCCACUGAGCAAAUGGAAGCAGGAAACGGAGGUAAAAAAACUGUGCAUGAAAGUAAAAAGAGUAAUUCUCCGAAACCCAGAACCUCCAAGCACCUAGAAAAAGCAGCUGAGUGCACUGUGCAGCCGGAGGAGCCAAGUGCAGCUGAACUUACAGAGCAGGGAACCAAAACAGAAGCAAAAGAAAUUCCAGAAAAUGCAAGUGUACAGGAAAGCCAGCCGUGCACAGAAAGUGACCCCCCAGAACAAGACACUACUGAAGAAGCCGCUCAGCCUAUCCCAAGUGGUAAAGAAGUUGUUGAGGGACCAAAGCACCCAAUGGGACCCUUUUUCCCUGUGUUGAGUAAAGAUGAAAGCACUACUUUGCAGUGGCCUUCAGAACUUCUGAUAUUCACCAGGGCAGAGCCAUCUGUUUCCUAUAGCUGUAACCCUUUGUAUUUCGAUUUUAAGCUGUCACGCAACAAAGAUGCUAAAGCAAAAGGGAUAGAAAAACCUAAAGACGCGUUAGGUCUGUCUAAGGAAAAUCUACAGGUCACGGAAUGUGGUGACAUAAGCAAAAGCAAGGAAAAAGGAAGCAUAGCUAACAGUUCUGCUGUCAAACCAGAAACUAAACUCGUGGCUGCCUGUGGUACCCAAAGCAAGCAGGAGUCUAACUUGGCAAGCAUUAGCAAGCUGGAAGAAGCAGAUGACAGUAGUAAAACUCUAACCAAUAAAAAAGACAAGGUUGGGAAAUCCCACAAACAUAAAAAGAAAAAGAAGCACAAAAAGUCCAGCAAGCACAAACGUAAACACAAGGAAGAAGCAGAAGAGAAAAGCCGCAAAACAGACGUGAGGGAGGAAAAGCCUAAGAAACGGAAGAAACACAAACACAAAAAAAGCAAACCCUCUGUCCUUCCUGAAGCCGAGCGGGGGCUCAACCCUGAUGUGCCUGACGACGGGACCCGUUUGCAGAAGAAAAAACCCUGCUUCCAGGGCGCUCAGCGGAAGAUGCUUUCUGCAGAAGAAGGGGCAAGUAGCAAGAGAGAGGACAGCGGGAACUCUUCCCAAGAGCACAGCAGCAAAAAACCCAAGACUGACCUGCAGCAACAGUCUUGUGCCUCGAGGCGGCGGGGUUCUGCACCUUCCCUUGGCAGGUCCAGCCCCAGGAGCCGGCAGAGCAGUGGGGACUACGACAGCGAUGAAGGCUCUCACCGAAAAGACUCCCGACAGAAAUCCGUGUCCCAGUACAGUGAUGAGUAUGACUCUGGUAGCGACCACUCCAGAAGCCGUUCCAGGUCAGGGCGAAGGCAUUCUUCUCGCAGGUCCUCCCGAAGGUCGUACUCCACGAGUUCUGACGCCUCGUCAGACCACAGUCGGUACAGUCGCAGGAGAAGUUACUCCGACGAUAGCUAUAGUGACUACAGUGACAGGUCACGGUGUCAUUCCAAGAGGUCUCAUGACUCCGAGGAUUCUGACUACACCAGCUCCAAGCACAGAGCGAAAAGGCACAAGUACUCCUCCUCGGACGAUGACUACAGCCUUAGCAGGAGCAGGUCGAGAAGUCGGAGCAGGAGCCGAACCCACCCGAGGGGAAGGUCCAGAACGAGAAGCCGGGGUAGAACACGGAGCAGCAGUCGCAGUCGCAGCAAGAGGAGAAGUCGCAGCGGAACUGGCCGCAGUUGGAAACGGAGCCGGAGCUACAGCAGAGAUCGCAGCCGGAGCACGAGGAGCCACUCGCAGAGAUCCCUUUCCAGAAAGGGCUCUCGGGACCACGAGAGCCCUGAAGACAGGCGAUCUGGCCGAAGAGAUUUCAUCAGAUCCAAGAUCUACCGCUCCCAGUCCCCUCACUAUUUCAGAGCGGGCCGCCGGGAAGGGUCUCUGAAAAGAGAGAGCCGAGGGGAGGGGGCAAAGGCAGUGAGCGCUCUCCCCCAGAGCAGCUGUAGCUCCGGCUUGGGGAAGGCUCCUGACAGCGACUGUGCUCCGGAGGAAAGGAACUCGGUCACAGCAAAGCUGCUGCUGGAAAAGGUUCAGUCCAGGAAGGUUGAAAAGAAGCCCGGUGCUAACGAGGAAGGGCCAGCAGGGGCAGGCAAGGUGGGGAUAAAACUUAAAGAUCCUCCCCAGGGGUAUUUUGGCCCUAAGCUUCCUCCCUCUCUAGGGAACAAACCAGUUCUCCCUUUGAUUGGGAAGCUGCCUACAACCCGAAAGCCAAGUGCGAAGCGCUGCGAAGAGGCGGGCCUGGAGAGAGGGGAGGAGCAGGAGGUGUCGGAGCCGGAGGACGCUUCCCAGGGGAGCGGCGGGGACAGUCAGUCGGUCGGCCUUCCCUUGCUGGAAGAAGAGGUGGUUCUGCUGCAGGACAAGCCUCUGGAAGAACAGAAAUGUGCUGAGCCUGUUGUGGAAACCCCGCCUGUUCCUCUUGACCCGCAGGUGCUGCCUGAGUGCUACAGCUCUGCCGAGCUGGUGGUGCCGCCCCGCUAUCUCCCUGAGCCCGGGGAGGGCGACGCCCUGGCGCCGGGGGAGAGCGGGACCCCGCCUGGCCCUGCAGAGCCCAGCAUGCUGCCCUUGGUCCCCGAGGUGGAACACUUCCCGGCUUAUGUAGCUCAGGGCGGGGAGCCGAGCCUGGACGGAGACCCAGACGGCGCAGAGGACGCUUCCCUAGCGCCGUUGGAGAGCCAGCCCAUCACCUUCACGCCAGAGGAGAUGGAGAAGUACAGCAAGCUCCAGCAAGUGGCACAGCAGCACAUCCAGCAGCAGCUUCUCGCAAAGCAGGUCAAGCCCUUCCCAGCGUCAGCAGCGCUGGCCCCCGCAGCACCUGCGCUGCAGCCCAUCCACAUUCAGCCGCCCCCCCCUCUGGCGCAGGUGCACCACAUCCCCCAGCCGCACUUGACCCCCAUCUCCCUGUCCCAUCUAACCCACUCCAUCAUCCCAGGGCACCCUGCCACCUUCCUCGCCAGCCACCCCAUCCACAUCAUCCCUGACUCGGCGAUCCAUCCCGGGCCCUUCACCUUCCACCCUGUUCCCCAUGCUGCUCUGUACCCAACGCUGCUUGCCCCUCGCCCUGCCGCCGCUGCCGCCGCUACAGCUUUGCAUCUUCACCCCUUGCUGCACCCCAUUUUCUCAGGGCAGGACUUGCAGCACCCUCCCAGUCAUGGCACAUGAAGGGUGACUCGGCCUGAGAACAGAGACUCGCGCCUUUCCAAAAGGGGGCGAAGCUGAUCCAGCUGCCAGGUGAGAUCUGCACUUUUCCUUUCCCUCUUAGCCUGCAAGGAAGUGGGCCUGGCUGGAAGGCCGCGCACACGGUGCGGCAGCUCCCUUUUGUGCAUUUGUUUCCUGUUCGCGAUGUUCUCCUGCCCACGUCUGAGAGAACGUUUCUGUAGCAGCAUCCCGGCCCAGAGGAGUCCUCUCAAAUUCACAGACGAUGGUUUGUGAAAGAUUUUUUCUGUAUUCUUACGGCUGCCUUCAUCUUCCUUCUGCCCUCUUGUAAAUGACAUACAGUAUUUCAUACUGUGGCUAAUGGCUGUCUGUCCCAAACCCUUGUAAUGAGGUCUAAUUAAAAUGGUCUACAUGAUUGACUCCUGCUUGUAAUCAGUGAUGCAGCAUGUGUAAAACAUUUACUAACUGACAGCCUGUGGCCUGCCAAGAGGACUUCUCCGGCAUGGCAUUGCCAAUCCCAGCUUGCCAGGGCAGUGCCCGAUUUGUGGACGAGUUCUUGGCAACUGAUGCCCAAUACCACAUUGCUAAUGUGAGCAGCGAAGGUGAAAAUGAGAUUUAAUUUUUAAAGUUUUGCUGAACAAGAGAGCUCUAUGUUCAAAGCUUGGGCCCGUCUCUGUCCUGCAUUAGCAGUCUGCUCCCAGGUGAGGACUGUAUGCCGAAGCCUUUUGUGUGAAACAGAGAGGUGCUUUCAAAUUGCUGGCUUGUGACUGUGGUCUCUGCUUUGACCACUGGACUCUUGAGAGAGGGGUCUCGUGCUCCAGUCUCCCAAAGUGUGUGAAAGAGGCAUCUGCUUGAGAAUGAAAGGAAAAAUCCCUUCCAGAGCUGAAGCCGUAUGGGGGACUGGAACCCAAUAACUAUCUGGAGAAAUUAACCAGGAUAUGUAAAGUGUAUUCUUUACUCUGUAAUAUUGAUGUUUCUUUAUUAAUUUAUAGGAUUUUUAAAAUGUAAACACUUGCACUGAACUCUGUAAACGUAAAAAUGCUGCUUUUUGUAGCUCAUACAAAGGUUACAUAUUUGUAGUAUACUGCAAUAAUAUUUUUUACAGCCAGUUCUUUUAGUGGUACAUGUUCUGGUGGCUUUUGUGUAAAUAUGUUUGCUGUGUAGUUGAAAUAAGACACUUGUAAAGGUUAAACUCCUCAUUUCGGCUAGAUACAAAAUGACUAAGCAUGUAUAUUUUAUCAGACUCAUGUAUUUUUGAAGUUUUUAUGUACUAUAAAAUGUAAAAAAAAAUCUUCAUUUAGCAUUUUGCUGAAGGGAAAUGUGAGGCUUGGAAUAAAUGCAGUGCAUUGAAGACA